CCCCAAGAAUUCAAAAUAAAUUUAAAUCAGUACUCUAAAUGUGCCUUGUUCGUCUUCACCAGAGCCCAGCAUGUUGAAAUCGAAGCAGUUGCUCCAGCAGUUUUCCAAAGAGUACGCAAAGUUCACGCCGAACAACUUUAAGCUAAAGCGGGCCCUGGUGGUCACCAAGUUGUCCCGCUAUGAGUUCGAGCAGCUUCGUCACCCGGAACUGUCGCCGGAUCAGCUGCAGCAAAAGCUGCGUGACCGGGGAACCGACGUGGAGAUGGUCCUUUAUUUGCACAAGGUGCACAAGGACUUCGAGCGCCGGGUCGUGAAGAGUUUCCAGGACGUGGGCUGCGAGGUGAAACUGUCAAGCAGACUUGAAUUUAGAAGCUCGUUAAGCAAGGAUGUCAUGAGCUGGGCGGACGUCAUAGUGCCGGUUGGCGGCGAUGGUACCUUCCUGCUUUCCGCCGGACGCGCCAGCCCGCUCUUUGCCCUCAGCCAGCAGAAGACGCCGAUCGUGGGCUUCAAUUCGGAUCCACUCCGCUCGGAGGGUCGUCUUAUGCUGCCCAAGCACUACUCGGACAAUCCCGCCGACGCUGUCUCCCGCAUCAAGAGCGGUGACUUCAAGUGGAUGCAUCGCUCGAGGGUGCGGACUACAAUGCUGGGCAGCAAUGGCAAGAUCCCCGAGUCGACGGACCUUUUCCGGCACACAGAGGUUAAGAUGGAGCAGGUCAGCACUGCACCCGAAAUGCUGGACCAGGACAUGGCUUACAAGUACAAGGCCAAAAUGAAACGCAUUCUUCCAUACUUGGCGCUGAACGAGGUCUUCAUUGGCGAACACCUCUCAGCCCGAGUGUCCCACUUGCAGCUGGUGCUGGAUCACCAGGACGUGGUGAACAAGACGAAGUGCUCUGGAUUGUGUGUCAGCACGGGCACGGGCUCAACAUCCUGGCACACCAGCAUCAAUCGCAUUACCAGCCGGGAUGUGGACGACUUGUUGCGCUCUCUGCCCAACGGCAACUCGGAGGACGUGAAGUUGCUGCGCCAGAAUGCGGAGGAGAUCGCCCAGCGGUACAACCAGGGGUUGCUAUUCGCGCCUGAUGACCCGCGUCUCUGCUACUCGAUCCGGGAGCAAAUCUGCGUGGGCGUGUGGCCCUCGCCAAAGACUUUUAAGGAGCGCGACUUUGUGCAGACAGUGUUUGUCAAGUCGCAUUGCAUCGAUGCCAACCUUGUUAUUGAUGGCAGCAUUUCGUUCCCCUUCAACGAUGGCGCCAAGGCUUUGCUGGAGGUCCAUCCAGAGGAUGCCCUUCUGACAAUCGCCUUAGACUGAAUCCAGUGAUGCGUCCCAAGUGCCUGGUUAUCUAGCCCUAGCAUGUCUGAAUUUUGAAAUUAUUUAAGUAUGCAUUUUGCAACUACUACUUAGCAGUGUAAGCUCAAAAGUUAUUUUGUUAUUAUAUAAACAUAUAUUUAAACAUCA